GGGUGGGACAAUCACAUAAGACAUAAUUGGCUGGCUUCCUAAUUUCCAUGGCUCUUGCACGUCUCCUUCUCGAUUAUGACCUACGAAGUCGACCAUGCUUGACUAUAGGUGUUUCACUGCUCAUAAUCUUGGCUUGAUUUGGAGUAGAAAUGUGUGGUCAAAUAAUGCAGGAUGACUAUAACAAGAUACUUUGUCUACUUGUAAUAAAUGUCAAAUGCCAGUUUUUUCUUCUAAUAUAUAUCCCGCCGUCGCCAUCUCCGUUGCCGUCGCCAUCUCAGUUGCCAUCCACUCACGGCCGCUACUUGACAGUUGACUGACAGAGAUGAUGAUUUCUCUUGUGAACUCUCACCAUUGAAAGAGAUAAGGAAUAAUAGCAGAGUGCAGAAAUGGGAACUGAAUCCGAUGUUGAACAAAGAAGCUACUGGAGAUUCAGCAAGCAAGACUUCUUCCCGGAGAAGUCUUUCGAGAAUUUGAGCUCCUACGCCGCUGCCCUGUCCCAGACCAAGCUCCGAUUGAAGGACCGCGUCCUCAGCCGCUCCGAUGAAACAACAGAACUCGUUUAUCUCCGCAGACAGAGCGAGCACAGCAUGAAACGCCAGCUCAACUGGUGGGACCUCAUCUGGUUCGGGUUUGGCUCUGUCAUUGGCACCGGGAUCUUCGUCCUCACCGGCCAAGAGGCUCACGACCACGCGGGUCCGGCCAUAGUCUUGUCCUACGUGGCUUCCGGAAUCUCAGCCAUGCUCUCAGUCUUCUGCUACACCGAGUUCGCAGUCGAGAUCCCCGUUGCCGGCGGGUCGUUCGCUUACCUCCGAGUCGAACUCGGCGAUCUCGCAGCCUUCAUAGCAGCAGGAAACAUACUUCUCGAAUCCAUCAUCGGAGGAGCAGCAGUCGCCAGAGGCUGGACGUCUUACUUCACCACUCUCCUCGAUCGCCAUCCCAACUCGUUGCGCAUACACACCAACCUCGCCGACGGCUUCGACUUACUCGAUCCGCUGGCCGCCGGAAUUCUCCUCCUCGCAGCCACGAUCGCGAUCACGAGUGCCAAGAAAACCUCCUACCUCAACUGGAUCGCGUCGGCCGUGAACACGGCCGUAAUCAUAUUCGUGAUAGUCGCAGGUUUCGCUCACGCCGACGCCUCCAACCUCCGCCCUUUCUUCCCUUACGAGGCCACCGGGGUCUUCCAAGCCGCCGCCAUCGUCUACUUCGCCUACGGAGGAUUCGACAACAUCGCCACCAUGGCCGAGGAAACCAAGAACCCGCAGAGAGACAUCCCCAUCGGGCUCCUCGGGUCGAUGUCGCUGAUCACCGUAAUCUACUGCCUGAUGGCGCUUUCAUUAGUCAUGAUGCAGAGCUACACCGAGUUAGACACCAAUGCGGCUUACUCCAUAGCUUUCCAGAACGUUGGGAUGAAAUGGGCCAAAUAUCUCGUCGAUCUCGGCGCCCUCAAGGGGAUGACGACGGUCCUCCUCGUGGGGGCACUCGGGCAGGCUCGCUACACCACCCACAUCGCCCGGUCCCACAUGAUCCCGCCCUUCUUCGCCCUCGUCCACCCCAAGACCGGUACUCCCAUAUAUGCAACGCUCCUCGUCACCAUCCCGAGCGCCGUGGUAGCCCUGUUCUCGAGCCUCGACGUGCUCGCGAGCCUCCUUUCCGUGAGCACUCUCUUCAUAUUCAUGAUGAUGGCUGUGGCGCUGCUUGUCCGGCGCUACUACAUGCCCGGGGUGACGCCCCGGGCGAAUGUAGCUAUAUUGGCAGCAUUCGUGCUGCUGAUCAUAGCUUCCUCGAUGGGGACCUCGGCCUACUGGGGGCUGAAACAGGGGGGGUGGGUCGGGUACACCGUCACGGUCCCGGUGUGGUUCGCGGCCACGCUGGGGAUCGCAGUGAUGCUGCCGCAGGAGAGGGCGCCGAAGGUGUGGGGAGUGCCGCUGGUGCCGUGGCUGCCGUCGCUGUCGAUCGCGAUGAACGUGUUUCUGAUGGGGUCGUUGAGCGGCGCGACGUUUGUGAGGUUCGGCGUGUGCACGUGGAUCAUGCUCAUGUAUUACGUCUUGUUCGGUGUUCACGCGACCUACGACAUGGCGCAGCAAAUCAAGGUGGAAACGGCCAAGAUCGAGGACGAGGAAGAAGGCGAGGAAGUGAAACCUACUCCUUAAAUUGGCUGACGAGACGUUUCUCCUCCCACCAAUAGGUCAAGUAUGAUCGCAUGAUAGAUAAGGAAUCAUUGGUUCCUUACUUCGAAAAGGUACAAAUAUCUAUAUUUUUAGAUACUUUUUCAUGCCUAUUUACAAAUACGUUUUCGGACUUAUUGGUGAUUUUAUGUAUCCAUUUUUAAUGAUAUUAUGCAUAGAUCAGGUAUUCAGAAAAAAAAAUUAUGUCUUCCACGAUGGAAUUUGAUAUUGUUAGAUUUUCAGUAGGUGUUUCCGUAGUUAAAAUAUGAUUGAAGAAAUAAUUCAUCAAAA